CACCUCUAACCCAGGCCGAGAGUAGCUGCCGUUUCUGAGAGGACGAUUCGUGAGGAGGUCCUUGGCGCGGUUUUCCUUUCCUCUCCCUUCUGCGGGGCCUGGCCGUGCUUCACCUGUGCCUAGAGCGUGGUGUGUUCUCGUCUACUUGCCUAACUUUCUGCAGACGGCGCCUUUCGUUGGCCCAAUAGUUCCUUGUCGAAAGUGCCGGCCCCCGCGCCGGCACCGGCCGUAGCCCGGUGGGAAGGCUCAAGAUGGCGUGCCUGUUGGAGACCCCAAUCCGCAUGAGCGUCCUCUCGGAAGUAACAGCUAGCAGUCGCCACUAUGUUGACAGGCUAUUUGACCCUGAUCCCCAGAAAGUUCUUCAAGGUGUCAUAGACAUGAAAAAUGCUGUAAUUGGAAACAACAAGCAGAAAGCCAAUCUCAUUGUUUUAGGAGCUGUUCCAAGAUUGUUGUACUUGCUUCAGCAAGAAACUUCAAGUACAGAGCUGAAAACUGAAUGUGCAGUGGUAUUGGGAAGUCUUGCUAUGGGUACUGAAAACAAUGUCAAGUCUCUUCUAGAUUGCCAUAUUAUCCCAGCCUUAUUGCAAGGACUACUGUCUCCAGACCUGAAGUUCAUUGAAGCUUGCCUCCGAUGCCUGCGCACCAUCUUCACCAGUCCUGUAACUCCAGAGGAGCUUCUAUAUACAGAUGCCACAGUGAUACCACACCUCAUGGCGCUACUUAGCAGGUCCCGCUACACACAGGAGUACAUCUGUCAGAUCUUCUCACACUGCUGUAAAGGUCCAGAUCAUCAAACAAUUUUAUUUAACCAUGGUGCAGUUCAGAAUAUUGCUCACCUACUAACCUCAGUAUCUUACAAAGUUCGAAUGCAAGCACUGAAAUGCUUCUCAGUUUUAGCUUUUGAAAACCCCCAGGUAUCGAUGACUCUGGUAAAUGUUUUGGUUGAUGGAGAAUUGUUACCACAAAUAUUUGUGAAGAUGUUACAGAGGGAUAAGCCUAUUGAGAUGCAGCUGACAUCAGCAAAAUGUUUAACUUACAUGUGUAGAGCUGGAGCAAUUCGGACAGAUGACAACUGUAUUGUAUUAAAGACACUGCCUUGUUUGGUUCGAAUGUGCAGUAAGGAGAGGUUGCUAGAGGAGAGAGUUGAAGGAGCUGAGACACUCGCCUAUCUGAUUGAACCAGAUGUUGAACUACAGAGAAUCGCUAGCAUAACUGAUCACCUCAUUGCCAUGCUUGCUGAUUAUUUCAAGUAUCCCAGCUCAGUGAGUGCCAUCACUGAUAUUAAAAGGCUUGAUCAUGACUUAAAACAUGCUCAUGAACUCCGCCAGGCUGCAUUCAAGCUCUAUGCCUCUCUAGGAGCAAACGAUGAAGACAUCCGGAAGAAGAUCAUUGAGACUGAAAAUAUGAUGGACCGAAUUGUGACUGGCUUGUCUGAGUCUAGUGUCAAGGUGCGGUUAGCUGCCGUCAGAUGUUUGCACAGUUUAUCUAGAUCUGUGCAGCAGCUUCGAACCAGUUUCCAGGAUCACGCUGUGUGGAAACCUUUAAUGAAGGUUUUACAAAAUGCACCAGAUGAAAUCCUAGUAGUAGCAUCUUCCAUGCUAUGUAAUCUUCUUCUUGAAUUUUCUCCAAGCAAAGAGCCAAUUUUAGAAUCUGGAGCUGUAGAACUACUUUGUGGAUUAACCCAAAGUGAAAAUCCUGCAUUGCGAGUGAAUGGUAUUUGGGCUUUAAUGAAUAUGGCAUUUCAGGCUGAACAAAAAAUAAAAGCUGAUAUUUUACGAAGCUUGAGUACUGAACAGCUAUUCCGGUUAUUAUCAGAUUCAGAUUUGAAUGUGCUGAUGAAGACAUUGGGACUUCUUAGAAAUCUCCUCUCUACUCGGCCUCAUAUAGAUAAAAUAAUGAGUACUCAUGGAAAGCAAAUUAUGCAAGCCGUCACGCUUAUUCUGGAAGGGGAGCAUAACAUUGAGGUCAAAGAGCAAACACUGUGCAUCUUAGCCAACAUAGCAGAUGGAACAACAGCAAAAGAACUUAUUAUGACCAAUGAUGACAUCCUGCAGAAAAUCAAGUAUUACAUGGGUCAUUCACAUGUGAAACUUCAGCUUGCCGCUAUGUUUUGUAUAUCAAACCUCAUAUGGAAUGAAGAGGAAGGUUCACAAGAACGCCAAGAUAAAUUACGAGACAUGGGCAUCGUAGAUAUUCUACACAAACUGAGUCAGUCACCAGAUUCAAACCUUUGUGACAAGGCAAAGAUGGCACUGCAGCAGUACCUAGCGUGAUGGGAGCGCCCUGGGCACCUGCAAGCAUCCCACAUCCUUGUUAAAGGAAGUACAGGAACUAGCCUCAUUUGAUUCCUUCUAUUUGCACAAGUCACCUUGGACUGCAGGGAGCUGUUUUGCAAAAGCAAUUUGGUAGGCUUAGAUCUCAAAUUCAUCUUGAGAACAUUUUUUUGAGGUAGUAAUUUCCUCAGAGGACUGUUGUGUUUUGUUUUGUUUUUUUCUGAGCUACCUGGACUCUUUAUUAGAACAAUCAAUCAUUUUCCUUUGGACCUACAAUUUUUUGCCUAUGCUGCAGCCACUUUGUGAGUGAGAAUGAAUGUGUCUCUGCACACACAGAUGUGUGUGCAUGUGUAUGCACGUGGGUCAGAAUGAAUGGAUGUGUGUGUGUGUGAGGGAUACCUCAAAUUUUUCUUUUCUUAUUUUGUGUGAAAAUCUCUUUUCUACAGAUUUUCCAGGGUUUAAGCAUUGCUUGCUGUAUAAAAAACUUUACUGAAUUAUAUACAGUUUGAAUGAAAUGUUAUUUUAAAAACAAAACAAUUGUUAAGUGUUCCAUAAAGGUUAUGUUGAAUUUUGGUCAGAUGAAUAUUUGUAAGUAAAAAAUAUAUGCAUUUCUGAACCUCAA